GCGGGAAAAUGUUGGCUUCACCGCGCGCUGACCAAAGCCGAGUCUGCAGUGAGCGGAGUCUGGUGUAAGCAGUGAGUUUGUCACCGGAACCUGUGGAGACGGAUCAUCUUAAAUUGCUGCCACAGAUGGAGAACAUGUCCGCGCGCCUGCUGCGCUUGUUGGCUGUGUGGGCACUGGCGGCUGCAAUGGCGCAGUGCUGCCCUCAGCCCUGCACGUGCGUGGAUAAAGGUGUACAGAAUCUGGCCAACUGUGCGUACAAAGAGCUGCUGGAGGUGCCCACGGGUCUGCCCUCCAACAUCACUACCCUGAGUCUCUCUGCCAACAAAAUUCAACUGCUAAAAAGCAAGAGCUUUGUGAAUGUAACCCAGGUCAACUCCCUGUGGCUUGCCCAUAACGAGAUCGUAACCAUCCAGAAGGACACGCUGGCUCCUCUAGUGCAGCUGAGAAAUCUGGACAUCAGCUACAACAAAAUCAUCAACUUCCCCUGGGAGGACCUGCAUAACCUGACCGCACUGCAGCUUCUCAAGAUGAACAAUAAUGAAAUGGUCAGUGUACCGAAGGAUGCCUUCUCCACUCUGGUUGAACUCAAGUCUCUGCGCAUCAACAAUAACAAGUUCACCACUAUUGUCCAGGGCACCUUCAGUGCUCUGUCCUCCCUGUCCCACCUGCAGAUCUUCAACAACCCUUUCUUCUGCUCCUGUGGCCUGGAGUGGCUCAGAGAUUGGAUCACUACCACAAAGAUCUCAGUGGCCGAGCCCAACAUCAUAGUGUGUGACAGCCCCACGCACUUGAAAGGCACUAUGGUCACCAACAUGCCCAAACUCAGCUGCAAAGCCCCCAUCGUGACCAUCACAUAUCAGCCUGACCUGGAGAGCACUGACCUGACUGAAGGGGCUACUGUCGUCUUAAUCUGUGAGGCUCAGGGAAUUCCACUGCCUCAGCGUGUGUGGGAGCUGACCACCGCCAGCCAGAACUACCUGUUUCCUCUGCCGUUCAAUGGACUCAAUGCUGACAAACCCAUCAAUGAUAAAACAACAAACAGCCAGUUCCACAUCUUUCAGAAUGGCACCCUCUCCAUCCCCCAUGUGAGCAAAAGAGUGGAGGGAAACUACAGCUGCUCUGCCACCAACGAUGUGGGCAGGGCUCAGAGCAGUGUCCGAGUGGCUCUGGCCUCUCAGAAGUACACCACAAAACCAGAACCUGAUUCUACAGACAAACCCCCUUCAGUGAGCAAGCCCACAGCUCCCAAGGUCUCCAAGAACAAUGUGAUCAACCUGUCCAAGAGUGAAGAGAAGACAAAGAGCUCUGCAUUCCCUGACAAACACGAGAUGGAGCGGGCUGGAGGUAAGCUCAAAGAACCGACACUUGUCAGUAAAUGUGGAGUGAAAGACGGCAGUGAGUAUAUCUCCAACCACGCCUUCAACAUGAGCCUGGAUGACCUAAAGCAGUAUAACUUUGACUUUGGGGUCAUUGCUCUGGAGGUGUCUGAGACUGAAGCCAAAGUUCAGCUGAACCCACUUCAGCUCUCCAACAGCAAAACCAACCUCCACCUGAGCCCAAGCGACCACCUGGACACCGUCAACAAAGAGCCAAUUAGAGUGUUCGAAUCGUCGAGCUCAAAGUCCAUGCUGGACAUGCUCUACCUCUGCGUGGACACAGGGAACGGACACUCCAUGGUGCAGUGGUCCAAAAUAGAGGAAGGGGUUAACUCCUACCGCUUCCACCAUCUUCAGCCUGGCACCAACUACACCUUGUGUCUGACCUAUGGAGGGCAGGACUGCAAGGUACAAGUGGUCUUCACCACCAGGAGGAAGAUCCCCUCCCUGCUCAUUAUUGUAUUGGUCAGUAUUUUCCUUCUGGCUCUGGCCACUGUUCCUCUGCUGUGGGCUGUCUGCUGCCACCUCUUGUACAAAUACCAGGGAAAAACAUACAAGCUCGUCAUGAAGGCGCAGAACCCGGAUCAGAUGGAGAAGCAAAUGGCCGUGGACUUUGACCCCCGGGCUGCUUUUGUGGGCUCAGAAAAGAAUUUUAAUCCAAGUGAAUUGGGAGAGGAGGGGGAGGACGCGGAGGAGGAUGCGGACCGGGAGGGAGAGGCGGAGGGCAGCGUGGUCACAGAGUCCAUCCCGGGAUCCUCAUCCAAAACCAACCCAGAGGAGUUUGAGGUGGGCUCGGAGUACAGUGACCGCCUGCCUUUGGGUGCAGAGGCGGUCACCAUCUCCGAGGAGAUUAACGGCAACUACAAGGAGCCGAGCCGUUAAGAUGCGGAGCCGCUGAGCCUCCGGAGCCACGGAGCCUGUAUACAUCUUUUCAGUUUUAAGUCGCUCACAUCCAGCAGGUGACUCACAAACCCGGACGUUGUAAAGACUUUGAUCAAUGGCAACUCUUUCAUUUUUACCUCAAAGCGCUGCGUCAGAGAUUGUGAAUAUUUCCGUGACAUGUUUAAAGUUAACGUUUACAAAACAAGCACACGUGCGUAAAACAAAAGAACUGAGCUGUGCGUAAAGAAGAAAAGCACUUAUCCCCGAGCACAAGACAAAAGUGCCAUAUUUUAUAAACACAAUAACAGGGAUCUUUACGCACUGCCUAAUCUGCGUCUGAAAAACACCAAACCGCCUUCCUCCUCCUGUCUUCCUCCUCCUCCUGGCCAUCCCCCCUCUUCUUCUCCUCUUCUCCUCUACUCCUGCUCCUCCUUUCCUCCUCAUCCUCAUGCUCCUCUCCUCUUCUCCUCCUCCUCCCCCUCCUCCUGCUCCGGGGUGUGGACGCGCGCGCUCCUCUGUAUUUGGCACUGCUUCUCUGGAAUAUUUGCUCUAAAAACGUGAUGUGCUUUAAAUAAAAUACUAUUCGUCAUUUACCAGCUGAUGUAGUGUCGCGUGCGGGCUUUAUACUACGAACAUUAUUGACAGGUGCUUUUUCUUUGAGCGUGUCCACGGCAUGUCGCGUGCGUUGUGUUUAGUGUAGUCUGCAGCCGUAGAACUGUUCACCUGUGAUGUGUUGCCACGUGAAUUGGGAUAUGUAUUUUUGUCAUUUUAUUUAUUUUUUAUCUUUUAUAUUAUUUCUUAUUACUUUUUUUUUUUUUUUUUUUUUUUUACGGACGAUGAGUUUCUACAGAGCUUUUAAGACAAGCGCAUCCAGAGCCACUUUAGGCUCCUCG